CAGGCUGUGCUUCUCAAUACAGCUUGCAAUCCCACAGCACCCCAAAACCAUGUGUUUUAAGCUGAUUUUCCCCUGAAAAGCUGAGGAAAUACCUCCAUUAUUGCGUCACCUGGGAGAGAGGAGGGUGUCCUGUGGAUCCAGGGUAGGAUUUGCCUAUGGAUGCUGUGCUGCACCUGAUCCUACAAGCUGGUGAUGUGUGGGAGUGCCCCAUGGUAUGUGGCAGAGGAAGUGAUGUUUGCCUGCUUUGGGGACAUGUGUGGGGUGGGAGAGGUGAUGAGGGAGGGUGUUGGCUUUAACACCAGAGAAGAGCAGGAGGAGGUGGUUGUUGCUCUGUGCUGAGCGUUAACCCCUGCUCCUUGGUUGGGUGCAGCACCACGAAGAAGAGGAGAGCCCCGUGCCCUGCAGCGGCCAUGAAGACGGAGAAGGAUGAAACUCUGCCCAACUUCUCCCUGGGGGGGAAAUACGUUGGGGAGGGGGCAGGCCCCAUGACAGCACUGGGGAGCGGAGGAGCCCCCCCAGCACAGGACCUGCGGCUCCUAAAGCGCCGUCCAGCCCCAGGGAAGCACUACGCCUGCUCCAGCUACGGCUGCAAAUUGGCCUUCCCCAGCAUGCAAGAGCUGAUGGACCACCUGAAGGUGCACUACAGACCCACGCAGUCCCUUGAGGGCAAAACCUUCCAGUGCCCCACGCUGGGCUGCACAGAGACCUUCCCCAGCAUGCAGGACCUCAUGGCCCACAUGAAAGUGCACUACAAACCCAACCGCUACUUCAAAUGUGAGAACUGCCUGCUGCGCUUCCGCACCCACCGCUCCCUCUUCAAGCACCUCCACGUCUGCUCCGACCGCGCCAGCAGCCCCGCACCGCCGCCCCAAAAGGCCGAGAAGCCCACCCUGCCCACCGCCUCCACCCAAGAGAAGGAACCCACGGCCAAACCACCCCCCGAGGGGCUGCCCAAGCCUCCCACCGUCAUCUGGCACACAGAGAAAGAAGCCAUCACCACAGCCCCUGGCACAGACACGGCCUCCAGCCUGCCCGACUUGCCCGGCUCGCUGGAAGCGUUGCCGCUCAUCCCGCCGGCCCCGCACCCCUUCCCGCUGCUGGAACCCAACCUGUUUGGCCCUCCGACUUUGACUCGCUUCUCGGGGCCUCCUCCUCCUCCUCCCCCUUCCUCAGUGCCGUUCCUCUCCUACAUGCACCCCCCGGUGCCCUUCAGCCUGCCCACGGCCCAGCCCCGCCUGCGGCCCUGCUCGCCCAGCCAUGGCCCGUCAGCCUCCAACGCCGUCUGGAAGAAGAGCCAAGGUGAGCACAGACGGCCCUUAGGGCAGUGCUUCUUCUGCUCUCGGACCAGGACAGCACGACGGCCAGCGAGGAUCCCCCCUUCACCCCAUAGCCCACAGCCUGGAGCUGCC